GUCGUUCCGAAGUCUCUCCUUAAGAUGGCAUUCAUCCACGCUGUUUUGGCUUACGUCUUGGUGUCCGGUGUUGUCCUUUACGCUCAAGUUCCAAGAAUGAUGAGGCGGGACGGAAUGUCCGGAACUCCGGCCGAUAUAAACGAAACGGAGAGUGGCGAAGACCCCGAUUUUUCGGAACAUCUGAAUAAAAGUGUUCGCGUCGACAGAAGCGUUCCCAACCCCAGUUACGACUGGUGCAACAAUACCGCCGAACCUUGCAAAUUCCGGAUAUACGACAAAGAGACUCGAGAAGUCAACGAAGAGUGGAUCUAUUGCGCUUGCCGUGAUGGACUGGUGUGUACCUACCACGGAAUCAAUCUGUCUCAGAGCUUUUAUUACUUCAUGUGCAAGAACGCUACCAGAGAGCGCAGAGAAUCCGAAAUGGCUGAAGAUAUUCCCGAAGACAUUGUAGUGAGGAGAGUCGGUUUGAUGGAACACGAUGACUUGUAACGCUCUUCAACUUGUAACUUUUAAU